AUGAGGGAUGAUGACGGCUUGGAGAUCUCGGACAGUACAAAUAAGGCUGAGCACUUUUCUCAAUUUUUUCGAUCCGUUUUCACAAGAGAAGCAGACUUUACCCCAUCUAAUUCUGAGAACAUGAGAGAUCCCACUAUCGAAAAUAUUGUGUUUCGAGAAGAAGCGAUUUUGGAAGAACUGAAAAGCUUGAAGGAAUGUAAAUCUCCCGGUCCGGACGAGAUCCCAGCAAAGCUGCUCUUUGAGCUUGCCCAACAGCUGGCCAAGCCACUAUCCUUUCUCUGCCAGAAAUCGUUUGAUGCUGGAAUUCUUCCCACAGACUGGAAGACGGCCCACAUUACACCCCUUUACAAAAGCGGUAGUCGUGCUCUGGCGACAAACUACAGACCCGUCAGUCUGACAUCAAUCUGCUGCAAAGUGAUGGAGAAAACCAUCAAAAAGGAGUUGAUGGCUUAUUUGGAAACCCACAACCUCUUGUCCAAUGCACAAUAUGGUUUCCGUAGGGGAAGAUCAUGUGUUACGAACUUGCUAUACACAAUGCAAAGUUGGACACGAGCACUGGACGCAAAACACACCGUGCAUGUUGCCUAUAUUGAUUUCCGGAAGGCGUUUGACAGUGUUCCGCACCAGAGUCUCCUACGCAAGUUGAGAAUUAUGGGCAUCGGUGGCAAACUUCUCAAAUGGAUCGAAAAUUUCCUUGUCGGCCGCUCCCAAAUUGUCUGCGUAGAACAACAGCAAUCAAGGUGCACAUUCAUAGAGAGUGGGGUCCCACAAGGCUCGGUGCUCGGACCAACCCUCUUUCUCUUGUUCAUCAAUGAUUGUGUAGAUGGGUUGGACUGUGAUUGUGCCAUGUUUGCGGACGACAUAAAAAUCUGGAAAGUCAUCCAGAAUGCUGCCGAUGAGACCAACUUCCAAGAAAAUCUUUGUUGA